AUGGUUCAUCGAGCCAUUCAUAUAUCCUCAUCAUUCACAAUUAUGCACAAAGAAUUUGAUUUUAUAAGAGAUAUCGCUAAACGGAACGGAUAUCCUAAAAAUUUUGUUGAAUGUCAAAUAAGACACACGUUAAACAGAUAUAUAGAAAAACAGAACAUAGUAAAUAAAGACAUUAAAAUCAAUCAAUUGAAACAACAACAGGAUAAUAAUGAAACUCACACAGACAGAAUAGUAAUAAAUGUUCCAUAUGUAGGAAAAGCAACUCAACAAUUUAGCAAAGAAAUCAAUAAACUUGCUAAAAAGGUUAAACCUACAACACAAGUAAUAACUGUUUCAAGACCGCCAUUGGCAUUGAGUUGUAAAACAUGUUCUGCAAAAUAUAUAGGAAAAACAGUCAGACAAGUUUGUAGACGUUUAAAGGAGCAUGGCGCUCCAACAAACAUAACUACUAUGGAACCAAGUGAAUCUGACACUAGUGAUGAUGAGGAAAUAAAUCCUGAAACAACAAUAACAUCAGCAAUACAACGACAUAUAACGUCAACCAAUCAUAAAAUGGAUUGGAAUAAUUGGUCAAUUCUUGAUAGAGAUAAUCAUCCUUAUAGAUUAUUAGUUAAAGAAUCUUUGGCCAUAAAUGAAAAUUCACCAAGUCUUAAUCGUACCACCAGAUCAAUACCUCUGGUGGUUUAUCCUGAAGGUUCUAAGAAAAGAACAACACAUAAUAAAAUAGUAUCAUAA